AUGACUCUUAACAUCCCUGAAAACAAUAACUGGGAAGAGGUUUCCGUGGGUGAUUUUGCCAUAAAGCUGGAACUUCUUGAUUUGGGGAGUGGUGUCUUGCGGAAGUGGGAAAUCAGAAGGCUGCUAGGAAUUCAGUUAUGUAAAGGCCUAAUCCAUGAAGUAAUCAACAUCAAUCUGAAGAACAAACCUGACUGGUUCUUUGAGAAGAACCCCUUUGGGCUGGUUCCUGUUCUGGAGACCAGCAAGGGCCAGCUGAUCUAUGAGUCCCCAAUCACUUGUGAAUAUUUGGAUGAAGCAUUUCCGGGGAGGAAGUUGAUGCCUUCAGACCCAUAUGAGCGAGCCUUUCAGAAGAUGCUCUUGGAACACUUCUCAAAGAUAACAUCAUUGGUCUUCAAGUAUUUUGUGGCAGUCAAAGAUGGACAGGACACCACGGAACUGAAAGCAGAGAUUGCUGAAAAGUUUGGCAAAUUUGAAGAG